CUUUUUAGAAAGGCUUUUUGUAAAGAUAUUAAUUAAAAUAAUAACAAAACAUUGCUUGAGCUUGAGAAAAAAACUUGGCAACGUCGUAUCGAGGAAUGGUUACGAGAGCACUUAUGCGCACGCGCGCCAGUCGACAGCAUUUUUCAAAUGCAUCUGGAUACAUACUCGUUUUAUACGGCAGUUAUAGAUAAUUUGACAUUGCUCUGUAUACGAUAAGUAAGUGUGACAUAAAUAAUUAAUGAAUAUGCACCAUCACAAUACAUAUACCACUGAUUUACAUUACGUGUGCACGACGUUGUGGAAUUUCAAUACAUCGUCGGUAAUAUAGGUUACAUCUGCCACACCAACUAAAUAAAGAAACGUCCUUAAUUAAUGAUUGACGAAACGAGAACAAUGGAAAAUUCAAUUUGAAAGAGCAAAUUGAGUAUGAGCGUUGACGCAACAUUCUCUUAUUUAGACAAUCGCGCUAAUUUAAUUUUUCAGCGUAAAUUAUCAGGUGUUUACAAACCUAUCAUGGAGGCAGAGUAUAAACUCACAGCUAGAAUAUAUUGCAAUCAGGGUGCAAUUAGGUCUGUAAGAUUCAGUGAGGAUGGUGCAUACUGCAUAACCAGUGGCUCCAAUAAAAAGGUCAAACUAUGGAAUCCCUACAGAAGUGUGUUGUUAAAAACUUAUGCUGGGCAUGCAAAUGAAGUGAUGGAUGCUUGUUCAUCAUGUGAUCAAAGUCAAAUUGCAUCCUGUAGUAGUGAUAAGUCAGUAAUACUAUGGGACGUCAUUGCUGGAACUCCUGUAAGAAGAUUAAGAGCACACACUGGAACUGUAAAUACAGUGCGUUUCAAUGAAAUUUCAACAAUAAUUGUGUCAGGUUCACAAGAUAAUUCAGUGAUGCUGUGGGACACAAGAGCAAGAACUUUAACACCUAUACAAGUUUUACCUGAUGCUAAAGAUUCUAUAUCUUCAGUGAGAAUAUCUGACCAUGAAAUACUAACUGCAUCUUUCGACUCAAAAGUGAGGAGAUAUGAUAUACGUGAAGGCAGAUUGGUAACUGAUUGUAUGGGAGAAAUUGUUACUUGUGCUAGUUUCACAAGAGAUAAUAAGUGUGUUGUAGUUAGUUGUGCUGAUGGAACAAUUAAGUUGAUUGAUAAGGACACUGGGGAGCUAUUGGGAGAAUAUGAAGGAUUGAAAAGAAGUGACUUUUGUAUGGAGUCCAGUGUUAGUCAUGAUGAUUCUUUGAUUUUAUCUGGCUCUGAAAAUGGCAAAAUUUGGGCUUGGAAACUCAUUAGUCGUGAAGUUGUGAUGCGUUUAGGGGAUGAACAAUCUAGUAAAUAUCCCAUUGUUUCUAUAGGAGUUCAUCCAAGCAAAAAUUGUUUAUUAGCUGCUAAUGGUCAAGACAUUUUAGUGUGGGAGAAAGAAUAAUUUAUUGAAUCAAGAUAAAAAUUAAUGUAUAUUUUUAGCAAUAAAAAAAAUAUUUUUACAAC